GCGGAUGCGGUCCUCGGAGGCUUCGGAGCAGCUGCCCACGAGUCGCUCGCCGCCUCGCGUCGUCCUUUAACGGCUCGCUGUCGAAGCUUUGAGCCGCUCCGCCUGCUCCCUGGGCGGGGAGGAGGAGGGGGGGUAGAGAGAUAUCGCGAGAGUUCCUUCUCGGCCGUGGCUUUGCAGCAGCAGACGGAGGGAGAGAAGGCAGGCAGCAUCAUGGCGGACAGAGAUAGUGGAAGUGAACAGGGAGGAGCGGCCACGGGCCCGGGCUUCGGCUCCGUGCACCUAGCGACGGGAGGAGCGGCGGGCUCGGCCUCCGGGCUCCAGCACGAGACGCAGGAGCUGGCGUCGAAGCGGGUCGACAUCCAGAACAAGCGCUUCUACUUGGACGUAAAGCAGAACGCCAAGGGCCGCUUCUUGAAGAUAGCCGAAGUCGGGGCCGGCGGAAACAAGAGCCGCCUSACUCUCUCCAUGUCCGUGGCGGUCGAGUUCCGAGACUACUUGGGGGACUUCAUCGAACACUACGCCCAGCUGGGUCCCAGCAACCCGGGCAUGGUCCAAGACGAGCCCAGGCGGGCGCUGAAGAGCGAGUUCCUCGUCCGAGAGAAUCGGAAAUACUACAUGGAUCUAAAGGAGAACCAGAGAGGACGGUUUCUACGGAUUCGGCAGACCGUAAACCGGGGGCCCGGUUUGGGAUCCACGCAAGGCCAGACGAUCGCACUGCCCGCCCAGGGACUCAUCGAGUUUCGCGACGCUUUGGCCAAACUUAUUGACGAUUACGGCGUGGAGGACGAGCCGGCGGAGCUGCCCGAAGGCUCGUCGUUGACUGUGGACAACAAGCGCUUCUUCUUCGACGUCGGCUCCAAUAAGUACGGCGUGUUUAUGAGGGUGAGCGAGGUGAAGCCGACGUACCGCAACUCCAURACGGUGCCCUACAAAGUCUGGUCCAAAUUCGGGAGCACGUUCUGUAAAUACGCCGACGAGAUGAAGAAGAUCCAGGAGAAGCAGCGCGAGAAGAGGGCGUGCGAACAAGAGGAGAUGCAGGCGGACGAUGGGGACGAGGAUUGAUAUAGAAGGAGCCGAGGAGGAGAAACAACACAAGAGUAAUGAAAAUAACAAAAGAAUUAUCAUUAAAACGCUACUGUAUAAAGAAAGAAAUCUAAAGAUUUAACUGUUAUGGUUUAACUCCAAGGGAGCAUCACUCAGUAUAAGAAACCACAACCUGACAGUCACUCAUCGCUGGAUGUUGCCCCAAAUAUCACCAUUAAUACAGUUAACAGGCUGCUAAACAAAGUAAUAACAUUAUAUUUGAACAUUGUUUCCUACUUGACAAACGAUAUUGAACGGAGUGUUUAUUUCCCUUAWUAACAGAGAACUUUUGUACCAGUUAAAGCUAUUAUAAAAAAAGAAAAAUGCAAUGUUUAAAUGGGAAUAUUGCAAAGUUUAAAAAAAAAGGUGAGCUAAUGACUUCAGCACAAAUCAG